UGUUAAAACCGCACCAUCGGCAAAAUAUGUCUUCACGUACCGAGGUUCCGUUUUGGACGUCCGUGGGACAGAGUCUAAGGAACUCGAGUCGAACAGAGAAGAUCUUUUGCUGUGUAUGCUGGACCAUUAUACUCGGGGCUGUCGCAGCCAUUGUUUACUUACUCGCCUUCAGACAACAGGAGUCUCCAUCCAACGUUUGGAACAUAACCCGUGCCAUGUGGCUCGGCGCGGACAUCGCCGGAGACCCGGUGAAGUACCGGCCCUUGAAGCUGGUCAUCAUCAACCACUCCGUGUCCCCCGAGUGCAGGAGCUUGGAAGGCUGCGCACAGUCCAUGCGCAACCUUCAGAACUUCUUCUUGAACGAUAAGGGAUGGGAUUUGCCUUACAACUUCGUGAUCGGCAACGACGGCCGCGUGUACGAAGGAAGAGGCUGGGAGCGCGAGGGGGCUCACACUUACGGCUACAACUCUUGCAGCUUGGGCGUCGGAUUCAUAGGCGACUACCGGCCAGGCUUCGGCAAUACCGUGCCGACAUCGCUGCAAAUGGAAAGAUUUAAGGAGCUGAUGCAGUACGGAGUCCUUAUGGGCUACCUAGACCCUGACUACGCGGUGGUGGGCGCCAGUGACCUGCAGACCAGCGCCAGCCCCGGCGACAACCUGCUCAAACAAAUGAAGGCCUGGAGUCAUUACAACCAGGAUAUAUAUCGCAAUAUGACGUGCGCUCAGAUUUACGAUCUUACUAAGUGAAUUUAAUACUGUCGCAAUAAA